AUGGAACCCAUAACCUGUUUAGAUGCAAGAACACAGGGGAAAAUGGGUGUUGGUUUAGGGUAUUAUAUUGCAGCAGCAAUAGCUUCGCCUGAUCGGCUCGUGGUUGCUGUUGAAGGUGAUUUUGGGUUCGGAUUCAGUGCCAUGGAAUUACCAGGGCAUCAGUCAAUUCCUAUUCCAGAGAUGCAGGGCAUCGACAAUUGGAUUAUUCUUCAAGAUAUACAGGGCAUCUACACUUCUAUUCUUCUUCAAGCUCUUCGAAUGAACCCACUUAGGUUUAAUCUCCCAUUCUUAGAAAAACUAUAA